UUGCCUAUUCAAUUAAAAAUAUGGUUGAACAUUCCGAAUCGUACACUGUAGGCCCUGUUUAAUAAGACGACAUUAUUAAAUUAAUUACUGUAUCGUUUUACAAAUUCGACUGAAUUUUAAGAUAACUAUAUAAAUUAUAUCAUAAUGAUGAAAUAAUCUUCUUUUCAGGGAAGGAAUUUCAAAAGAAGAUGACUCUCAGCAUGGAACAGCAUAUAACCACAAACGACAUUCAAACGGUAUGCAUAUAUGUAUAUAUACAGUUGAAGGCAUACUCAAAGAGAGAAUGGUUUGACUUAUUAUUCAAUUUUAUGCUCCGACUGCAUGUUACGUAUGUUGUUGCAUAGCUUAUUUUACAGGUGGGUUUUUUUAUAUUUAUUAUAUGGAUAAUUAUAUGAUUUUAAGCCUUUUAUCCAUAUUAUUUUUCCACCAACAUUUAUUUCUACAGUCUCACUAAUAUAGAAUAUAUAUUUUUAAUAAAUCAGAUUUCGAUUAUUUGCAUUGUUAUAAUAUAAUUUUUGUAUGAAUACAAUGAAUUGAGGCACAUCCCUUAUGCUGUUUGUUUGACAGUUACUGUUUUGUUGUAGUAAUGCUCUGGAGUAGAAUUUUGUGAGUCACUGAGCUAUUUAACUACCUCACUUAUAUUAUACUUGAGUUAUUAAAUCACUCUUGUAAAAAUUAUAAACGUGCUACUCGAGUGAGAGUUCUUUAAGUAAAUUACCCCUUUAGAUACCUAAAUAAACUAGAGUAGUGAUGUGGCAUCUAGUGGCAAGAGAAUCAAUUUGAUGUUCCGAUUUGACUCGAUAACUCGGGUGCAUAGAGAUUCGAGUAACAUUCGAAAUUUUUAUCACUUGAGUUCGAGAUUGAAUAAUUAACUCAAGUGAUUGGAAUAAUAACAUUGCUUGAGUGACAUUACUAUUUUGUUGACAUUGAAUUUGACAUAUUUUUAAUGUGUGAUUUGGUUGGGUGUGUUGUGUAUUUUUGAGAGAAAAAUAGUUUUAUUAUUUAAUUUAUUAGUAAGCCUUAUAAUGAAUUUUCUAAUAGAUAAGAAAUAAUAUGACUUAGUUCGAUUACAGUGCAUAUAAUUAUUAUUUGUGUUGCUCUAAAAUUGUAUAGUAUCAGCAUCAAACAAUAAAUGUGAACCAAAACCAAAGAAAACCAAAAUUUUUAAACAACGCAUAAACAAGAUUACUGAAAAAAAAAAAACAUAUAAACAUAUGAUUAUUAUUUAUUGAUAUAGGUGUAUUUAAAGUUGGUUAAAUUAGUAUACCUUAAUAGAAUGUUAAUAUUACGAAACAAUGGAAUCAGAUGACGAUAUUACCCCACUAAUUGAAGACGUUGGUGAAACUCUUCAUCAGAUAUAUCUGGAACUAAAUACUCAACUACUGCAAGUAGAUUCUGAAUUUGAACAGGUAGUAUAUGGCUACAAAAAAAGUCGAUGGCGAACAGUGAUGGUGUAUAUUUUUUCAUCAUUACUUGCCUUCAUACCAUGGCUGGUCUUCCAUUGGUGUCCCACUUGGUUCCUGUAUCUAACUUGUGUGCGGAGUUGCUUCCAGUUAGCUGACCAUGUUUUAGUUAUUGAAACAUAUCAAAAGAAAUGCAAAGAUUUUUACAUACAUAAAAUUAUGGAGAAGAACAUUGCUAAUACGAGUGGCUUAUUGAAUGAAGGUUUUCAAAGUGAGAUCCCUGAAGAGAAGAUGCCUGUUGACAGUCCAGAUGUUUUGCACACACCUAUACGUUUGGAUGACGGCAGUUCACUCAAUUUGAUACGGUACCGGUAUUUCCGUCACAAGAAACAGUCGUUCAUAUGGGACGGUGUGCGGGCGCAGUGGGCGCGGCUAGCGGGCAUAGAAUGUGGCGUGACUUGUGCUCAGUUACAGGCCAUGGGGGCGGCAGCACCAUCUAGCGAGAAAAGAGUGCGCAUGUAAGUAUAUAGAAGUAGAAAUAGCCUGUGGGGCU